AUGCCGAACAUCUCUGAUGUCAACUUCUCCUGCUACCAUGAGUCUGUGCUGGGCUAUCGCUACGUGGCAGUUACCUGGGGGAUAGUGGUGACAGUAACGGGCACUAUUGGCAAUGUGCUCACCCUGAUGGCCUUGGCCAUCCAGCCCAAGCUCCGGUCCCGCUUCAACCUACUCAUAGCCAACCUCACGUUGGCUGACCUGCUCUACUGCACCCUUCUGCAGCCCUUCUCGGUGGACACCUACCUGCACCUGCACUGGCGCACCGGGAUCACCUUCUGCAGGAUCUUCGGCUUCCUCCUCUUUACGGCCAAUUCUGUCUCGGUCCUCACCCUCUGCCUCAUUGCCGUGGGACGCUACCUUCUCAUCGCACACCCAAAACUCUUCCCCCGAGUCUUCAGCGCCAAGGGAAUAGUGCUGGCCUUAGUGGGCACAUGGGUGGUGGGCAUAGCCAGCUUUGCCCCCCUCUGGUCUGUCUAUGUCGUGGUGCCUGUAGUUUGCACCUGCAGCUUUGACCGCAUCCGAAGCCGGCCCUACAGCACCAUCCUCCUGGGCAUCUACUUUGUGCUUGGCCUCAGCAGCGUGGGCGUCUUCUACUGCCUCAUCCAUCAUCAAGUGAAACGAGCGGCCCGAGCUCUGGACCAAUACAAGCUGCGCCAGGCCAGCACUCACUCCCACCAUGUGGCUGGAACAGAUGAGGCCAUGCCUGGUCAUUUCCAGGAACUGGACAGUGGGGUGGUAUCAGGAGGUCCCAGCGAAGGGACUUCAUCCGAGCCACCCAGUACUGUCACCACCCAGACACGGGAAGGGAACUCAGCAGAAGUGGAAAAACAGUGUCACAGCAAGGGAGCUAAGCAGAUCACCGCAGAGAAAUUCCCUCCAGAAGCAACCCCCAAAGCCAAGUCAAAGAAAGGAGCCCAAAGAGCACCGGACUCGCCUUCAGAUUUCAGGAAGGUGACCCGGAUGUGUUUUGCUGUGUUCCUCUGCUUUGCUCUGAGCUACAUACCUUUCUUGCUGAUCAACAUCCUGGAUGCCAUGGUACGGGCUCCCAGGGUUGCCCACAUGCUUGCUGCCAACUUUACCUGGCUUAAUAGUUGCAUCAAUCCAGUGCUUUAUGCAGCAAUGAACCGUCAGUUCCGUCAAGCCUAUGUCUCUGUCCUUAAAAGAGGGCCCCAGAGUUUUCCGUCGACUUCGGUAGAAUUGGGGUACCAGACACCAGAGUCCAGCAUGGUUUCCUUCAGCACAAAAGUGUUCUAG